AUGCAUUUCAUGGCAGGCCCUGCAGAGAACCAAAGUCUGGGGCCCCUGGGUCUCUACAGCACCCAUCGGUUCCUGUACGCAGCCCUCUUAUUAGUGCUGGUCAUGAUCAACCUGGUGUUUGGUAAGCAUGUACCUGCCAAUGCAGGCCCCCCAAAACCACCUCAAUUCCCCAAAUACCUGCACUGCUAUCGAUGUGUUUUGGAGACCAAGGAGUUGGGGUGCCUUCUGGGAUCUGACAUCUGUCUCACUCCAGCUGGCAGCAGCUGCAUCACUCUGCACAUAAAGAACAGCAGCGGUUCUGACAUCAUGGUGAGUGACUGCCGCAGCAAGGAGCAGAUGAGUGACUGUUCAUAUACCCGCCCUUCUCCCGUGUUUGGCUUCUGGAUAUUCUCUCAAUGCUGCUUCCGGAAUUUCUGCAAUAACCCUCAAAACAGAGUGCACUAGAAAGACUAUAUAGAGACCCUUGGAAUAAAACUCAACCAGUUUCCAACAUCCUUUGGAUGUCUAUCUUGGUUCAAGAAAGACAACUUCCAGUCUCUUAUACCAGCCCUCCCUGCCUCCUUCAAGUCACUGGACCCUAGCCUGGACUCUUCCU